AUGGCCGACGAAGCGUACCAAGCAGUGUCGCACUUGGCGCUCAAUGUAGUGCGGCCCAGCACCGAGUGGCUGAACAUGGGCAACUGGGAGCACACUAACGAGUUUCCCGCGGCGUGCCAUGCCUUGGCCGAGCAGCUACAUAGCGCCGCACAAAUCCCAUCCAACGCUCGAAUCCUCGACGUUGGCCAUGGAUGCGGCGACUCGCUCCUGCUCCUGGCUUCGCAGCACGAACCGCAGUGCCUUCAUGGGAUCACAUCCAUUCCCGCGCAUGCUAAACGCGCACAGCAGCGGAUCGGUGCGCGCGCCAUGGUGUGGUGUGCAGAUGCGACGCAAUGGCUCGCCGAUACCACAGACCAAUGCAGUGUACAUGGAGAGCACGCCAGGAAAGGCGAGUACGACACGAUUCUUGCGCUAGACUGUGCGUACCAUUUCCAAAACAGACCUGCGUUUUUUCGGAGCGCGUUCCAGCAGCUCAAGCCUGGAGGCGCGUUGGCGUUGGUCGAUCUUGUCGGUGCGUGGCCGUACCCAGAACACCCAGCGUACGAUUUUGUGCCCUCGACACUGGCGGCACCAAAACACGGGCCCAGCGUGUGGCAGCGCCUCCGCCACCGAGUCGUGUGCUACCUGACAGGGACACCGCCGGGCUCGUUUGUGUCUAUGGACAAUUAUGCAACGCAAUUGCAACACGCUGGGUUUUCCGCCGUCUCCAUACAGGAUAUAUCGCACGCCAUCUUCCCCGGAUUCUCUUCUUUUUUGCAAGGCAUGGGCGCAGAGGGCGAGGCGGCAUGGCGCGGCGGAAGUCGCUGGCUAUGGCGCUGA